UCACCACCUUCCUCUCUUCUUCUUCUUCUCCCUUUUUAAGAGAUCAGAGCCCCAUGCAUUUGCUCAUAACAACAAAUCAGAGAUGGCUCAAAAUCUCAUUAAGAUCAAAACUCUUCUUCUAGUUUCAUUGUUACUACUACUACUACUGCUCAUUCCCUUAUCUUUAGGAAUGGUUGAAGGAUUCAGAGAAGGCAAGAGCCAAAAUCGCUCACUUUACAAGGAUGGCAUCCAAAUGAGUACGAUCAGCAGGAAGGUUUUGAUGGACGUGCUAGAUUAUGAUGACACAGGACCUAACACUAGACAUGAUCCUAGGAAGAAAUCUGGAGGCAAGCCUUAGUUAUUAUAUAUAUGUAUUCCUGUGUCUGUCUCUAUAUAAAAGAGGUUUAGCAUGUCCGAGGUUUCAAGCGAGUUAAUUCAGUGUAGUACGAGGAGGUAUUCUAUUGUAUACUCUAUUUGUGAUUGGUCUGGAUCUAGAUAUUACUAAAUUAACAAACUAAGAUGCUUGAUUUUGCAUUAAGAAGGGAUAUAUGUAUAUAUAUCAAGAAUAAAAUUAGAGGAUAGCUUCUUCGUUUUCUU